CCCUGCCCUUCCUUCAUUAGUUCCCCACCCUCUCUGCUCCGUGUCAACCUCUCUUUACUACUUGCUGUAGUCUGUUCCUUAUGUAAUUUAUUCAAAGGAGUCUAAGACCCUUCACUAUUUCUUCCUUACUGCACCACCAUCAUACUUGUUCCUCAUUUCCUUCUUCAGGGUAUUUAGUUUCUCUUUUCCUUCCCUCCCAUCUUGCAAGAUCCCAGAUUCUCUCAGACUCAUCUGACUUUUCCUAGUGUUGUGCUCCCCCAUCUGGAUUUAAACGCUUAUGGAAAAUGCCGCUUCAUACCUGCCUCUCGCACUAUUGCGGACUGCUCCGCUCUACGCUCUCAGCGUGUGACGUCACGCCUAUCCGAAUCCACGGACUCCGCUUGCUGCAUCCGCUCUCUCAAACAGCCUGCAAUCCGGAUUCUCUGGGCAGCCCUAGUUAGCCACAAAGCGGCAUCAGGAAGCUGAUUUACUUUUUCCUGUGAAGAACUUGUGCUCAGUCUAAACUGGACUGCUUGCAGAAUAUGAUACUGCUCCCCGGACGUCUGUCUUAAAUUCACAAUAAUGUUUAAACACAGUGUCCUGAUUUAUUCAGAAUGCUGGUGUUUCACUGCUGUGAUUUACUUAAGUUCAAUACAAAUAUAGCUACUAAUUUCCUGUUAAAAAUUUCUUCAGCCGUAAUGUGAGGUGUGAAACAAGAAAAAUGAAGAUGAAGAAGAAUACAAAUUUUUGGGUGACGCCUCAGCAUCUUUUCUUCAAGUCUCAAGCUAUGUUUGCGGCUGCAUUUUUUAUUAGAAUUAUCCUUGUCCUCUACGGUGUAUACCAAGACCAGACCAUGCUGGUGAAGUACACAGAUAUUGAUUAUCACGUUUUCACAGAUGCCGCCCGUUAUGUUACUCAGGGCCUAUCACCUUACAAAAGAGCAACUUACCGUUAUACUCCGCUGCUGGCCUGGAUCCUAACACCCAACAUCUACCUCACCGAGUUAUUUGGCAAACUGCUGUUUGUGUGCUGUGACCUGGUAGCUGCCUAUCUCAUUCACACAAUGCUCCUCUAUAAAGGGUUAGACAAACAGUCAUCCAUGUUAUACACUGCUUUCUGGCUUUUCAAUCCCCUACCCAUGGCCGUGUCCAGCAGAGGAAAUGCGGAGUCUGUUUUAGCAGUACUUGUUCUUUCCACCUUGUACUAUGUCCAAAAGCGCCACCUCCUAAAGGCGGCUAUAAUCUAUGGCUUGUCUGUGCACAUGAAGAUUUAUCCAGUGACUUACCUGUUGCCCAUCGUGCUGGCUCUGCAGACUGAGAACAUAACUAGAAAUAAAGUGAGUCAAAAAGGAGUUUCAGAGCUCAGAAUGCUGGUUCUUCAGUUGCUAAAUCGUGAUGUUUUGCUCUUCGGAUGUGCAGCAGGCCUAACCUUUUUCCUGCUUACGAGUGUGUUUUAUUAUAGCUAUGGCUGGGAAUUCGUUGAGCAUACAUACUUGUAUCACUUGACCAGGAGGGAUAUUCGGCAUAAUUUCUCGCCAUAUUUCUACAUGCUGUACUUGACCGCAGAAAGUGAUUGGAGUUUUAGCCUGGGUCUUGCGGCUUUUCUGCCUCAGCUAAUAUCGUUGAUUGUUAUAUCGCUAGCGUACUACAAAGACCUGGCAUUCUGCUGCUUUCUCCACACAGCUGUCUUUGUGAGCUUCAAUAAAGUGUGUACCUCACAGUAUUUCCUAUGGUAUCUCUGCCUACUACCUCUUGUAAUGCCCAGUCUGAAGAUGUCAUGGCACCAGGGAACAUUGCUUCUUAUGCUCUGGUUUAUCGGCCAGGCUUUAUGGCUGGCUCCUGCAUACUACCUGGAAUUUGAAGGACAAAAUACAUUUCUCCUAGUAUGGAUAGCUGGCUUAUUUUUUCUUUUUAUUAAUAGUUAUAUUCUUGUUCAAAUGAUCACAAAGUACCAAAGACAAAACAAAAAGAUCAAAGAUCAUUAAGAUAAUUUUGCUCAUUAUUUCUUAGCCAUGUUGACAGACUUUCCUCGCAAAUGUUACAAGAAAGUCAUACAUUUGUCAAAGCAUAUUUCAUUUUUAUUUUUCUAUGGUGGAGGAUUGCAUAUCAAAUACCUUUUUGAAAAUAAAAUCUAUUUUUGUUUAAAAAAAA